CAGCAGAAUGCGUCGUCCGAAUAUCAAAUGGAUUAUCAAAUCGUCAUUUUUGGUGCUGAUCUCGCUGAUGCUCUUCCUGCUUAUCACUAGUUGGAUUUCGUCUACGCCGUACACAAAUAAGCCGAUACAUCAUGGCAUCCAACCAGAGCCCUUGAAGCCAUCAGCCAUAAAGGUUGCUGAGCAACGUAUAGAAGAAGCCAUAGAUGUUAAAUUGCCUCGACCAAUUCAUGAUGACAAGAACAACAUUGUGAAAGAAGAGGAAAAUGCUGCGGAGCUUGAAAAGGGAGACGACCCAGAGGAUGAAGCAGACCAGUCCGAACUUGAGGUGCUCGAUGCAAAGCCCAUAGCCAAAGAGAGGUUGCAAGAAAACGACAAUCUUCAGGUCGCGGCACCUGACGACAAUCUGCUCAAGAGGGACUGGCAUGAUUACACGGCAAUAGAGCGUGACAGGAAGCGCGUUGGCAUCGGCGAGCAUGGUGUGGCAGCCAAGCUGGAAGAUGAGAGUCAGCGUCAAUAUGAAAAAACUGUUUCGCUCCAGAAUGGAUUUAAUGCAUUGCUCUCCGAUGCCAUAUCAGUGAAUCGCUCGCUACCUGACAUACGACAUAAGAACUGCCACAAGAAAUUGUAUCUCAGUAAGCUUCCUACGGUAUCUGUAGUCAUCAUCUUUUAUAAUGAAUAUCUGUCUGUGCUAAUGCGGUCCGUGCAUAGCUUAAUCAAUCGUUCGCCACCAGAGCUGCUCAAGGAGAUCAUUCUCGUGGAUGACUUCAGUGAUCGUGCUUACCUCUUCAAGCCGCUGGAGGAUUACAUUAGGGAACAUUUCCGCAAAGUGCGCGUCGUGCGGCUACCACGACGAACGGGCUUAAUUGGUGCUCGCUCUGCGGGUGCACGGAACGCAACUGCCGAUGUGCUCAUAUUUCUUGACUCGCACGUCGAAGCCAACUAUAAUUGGCUGCCCCCGUUGCUGGAACCGAUUGCUCAAAACAAACGCACCGCCGUCUGUCCGUUUAUUGAUGUGAUUGAUCACAGCACUUUUAAUUACCGUGCUCAAGACGAAGGCGCGCGUGGUGCCUUCGAUUGGGACUUUUUCUACAAACGACUGCCACUACUUCCAGAGGACUUGAAACAUCCUGCAGAGCCAUUUAAGAGUCCCAUCAUGGCAGGCGGACUAUUUGCGAUUUCCAGAGAGUUCUUUUGGGAGUUGGGCGGCUACGAUGAGGGUCUCGAUAUUUGGGGCGGUGAGCAGUACGAGCUAAGCUUCAAAAUCUGGAUGUGUGGAGGGCAAAUGUACGAUGCGCCUUGCUCUCGAAUAGGUCACAUAUAUCGAGGUCCACGCACACAAGCGUCCAAUCCGCGCAACGGCGACUAUUUGCACAAAAACUACAAGCGGGUGGCUGAGGUUUGGAUGGACGAAUACAAGAGCUACUUGUAUAACAGCGCAGACGGCAUUUACGAUCGUGUGGAUGCAGGUGAUCUAACGGCACAAAAAGCCAUUCGUACGAAGCUCAAGUGUAAAUCGUUCAAGUGGUUCAUGGAAAAUGUGGCCUUUGACUUAAUAAAGAAUUAUCCGCCCGUCGAUCCGCCCGACUAUGCCAGCGGCGCUAUUCAGAAUAAGGGUGACCCCUCAUUGUGCUUAGAUACGCUUAGCCGUUCCCGGCACAAUCGGAUAGGCAUAUAUCCUUGUGCACAAAAUCUGGUGAAGCCGCAGCGGACGCAGUUCUGGUCACUAAGCUGGAAGAGGGACUUGCGGCUGCGUCGCAAAAAGGACUGCCUGGACGUCCAAAUAUGGGAUGCAAACGCUCCUGUUUGGCUGUGGGACUGUCACGGGCAGCAAGGCAAUCAAUAUUGGUACUACGACUACCAUACCAAAAUGAUUAAGCACGGAAAAGAGGCUAAGCGCUGCAUGGAGCUCCUGCCCGUCACCGAGGAGGUGGUGGUCAACGCUUGCAAUGCGAGCAACCUAUUUAUGCAAUGGGACUUCGGAUUCAUUAACAAAACAGCACUGGACAACUACAGCAUAGACUUAGAGAUAAACCUCGAUUCGUUUUGAUAUUCGCUCGCGACACUUGCCAUGUACUUAAAAAUGCAAUUGUGAAGUCUAAUUUUGAAUUUUAUGUAGUUGUUUGUACAUAAGUAUUUGCAUAGACCUAUAUAUAGAUCGUAAGCAGGACUGUCCCAAUUUAUAUUUCGCACAUUCCAAUUGUCAGUUUCUAG